CCUACUCUGGUCAACGAAGCUACCUUACGAGACUGCACAAAAACCAGACAAAGUACGAAGUAUUAGGUUCGGCCACACUUUGUCGCUUCUUGUUUAGUCGCCCUUCGAGGUCGCAUCAGUUACCACUUGUAACCCACUUUGUCAGUGACCGCCACCGCCCCACAUCGAUCAACUCUUCGGUACCUUACCUUGCCGCUAAGCUGCCGUGCCGAGCGCCUUUCCCUUAAAGUGCUGCUGAUGUCUUUUCGACUACUGGGACCCCCCUUGCGUCAGAAGGACUUGACUUCAUGUACCUCAGGGAGCUACGGGCAGAGUCCAGAUAGACAGACAUCCAUUAUCAAUCAGCCCAGUCAUUCAUUAACUUUACCCCCGUGGGCUCCCUUCCUCCUUUCUGUCAACCUUCCAUUCCCUUCGUCAACCAAUCAAUAUUUUGACCAAUUCCCACCCAGCUGGCAACCCACUCCGCCCUGCCCACUCACCCACUUCCCGUUCCCGCAUCUGAAGCAGUUCUUGCCGUUUCUCACCCAAGGGUCUAGAUCGCAUUUUCUUCCUCCAUAAACCUGAACCGAGCAACUUCUCCCAUCUCUUCACCCAUUCAGCCUCUUGCCAGGAACAAAAAAAAAAAAGAACGGCCGUCCAAACAACGAGUCAAAAAUAUAAUACAAAGGCGCAUACAAACUCGAUGCGAGCAGGAAGAUUGGACUACAGAGCUCUCGCUUAGCAUCUUUCUUGCUCAAGCCUCGUUGUCUUUUGCGCGACUGCAAAUAUUUGCGUGACAGUUCAGCAGCUCCUUUCUCCACGUAUUCGACUUGGCCACAAGCUGCAAGGAACUUGAGAAAACCAGCUUGCGACAGACACUUUGAGCUCUUAAGUCACUGGAAUCCCUCGAAUUGGUCAACAUAGCAUAGCGUUCACGUCUCCACUACCAAUGAUGCUUUCCGAUCCCGACACAAUUUCCGGGAUCUCUCUUCAUUCUGUUGCCGGUGUCAAACCUUACGACCUGCAUUAACCUGCAGCAGAUUAAAAUUUGAGAAGUUUUGGGCUGCAGCUGCCUACUUAGGCAGGGCCCAGCAUGGCCAUUUGGUUAUUUAGGCGGCGCAGCAGGAGGCGGCGCUCCCAUGACAAAACACAGACAGGCGAUGCGCCUCCAUUCUCACGACGACAGACUGCCCCAGUGGCCACGGGGGAAAACGCCCCAUCACCGUCAAUUAAUGCGCAAGGGAAUGCUGGCGAUCUCGCCAGCACGCCCCAACAGGGAAGAACAUCGCCAUCAGCCUAUAGCUUUGAGUCUGGCCACCAGGACGAGAUCCAUGUUGGGCGCAAGAAAAGCAGGCGGAAGUCAAAACGAGCGUCGGCCCCACCGCCUGGCCGUUCUAUCCCUGGAGGAGGACCCGCCGGUAACUGGCCUGUUAAUGCCCCCCGCCAAACAAUGACUGGAACGCACGGUGAGAAAAAGGAACACGAAGGGGACCUUCUGGAAGGCAACAACUCCUUCUUUGGCCUUAUUCCAACGUUACACCCAUCCAAGCGUGAUAGCGGCCACCUGAUGGCGCGGAAGCUCAGCAAACGAAGAAAGAACUCCCACGAUCGCGAGAGGGAAGCCGAGCUCAAGGCUGCACGGGAUUUUACCCCGUUGCGCCCUGCCACCGACGCCUGGUCCUCGGGCCGCCCGAUCGGAAAGGACACUCGGAGGGUCAAGUCUGGCCUUACAAGAGGCCUCCCGUGGGAGCGGGAGCGGUACAACUCGGACGUUUCACUACCCAGAGCAAGCUCGAUACAUUCGAGUCUCUCCUCAGAUUCAGAGCAGGUAUCCUACCGCAUCUCAGCGCUCGAUUCGCUCGCCCCUAAGCCGACCCUCCGAUAUUCUGCCAACCCACGAUGGCAUCAGCAUCACCCUGCUGGAUCGGCCCCGGCCAGGACCGCGCCUCAACGAAGUGCCUUCAGUGCACAGAUUCCGGAGGCGACACUCAAGGCACAUAAGCGUGUUGAUGAUCUGGCCGACGAUUUGAAUGCGAGCGAUCUGCGAGAACUUAUGGAACGGGACAAACGGAGGAGGCAAAGAAAACAGGAACGCGAACAAGAGAAAGUCGAAAAGAGACUGGCACGAAGGGCAGAAAGAGAGAGGCAAGCGAUGGAAGCUGGUGUCCCGUUACCGAAUCUUGAACGUGGUGUGCUUGGACGUGAGGCUUCUGUAUCAGGCUCAGACCAGACCUCGGCGGUCAUAACGUCAUCUCGACGGCGGCACUCUGAAGAUGUCCUGUCAGAAAGCAAGGGCAAGCGUGUUCCGGGUCGCGAUGAUGAUGCUGAAGACGUGACGGAUGAGCCUCCCAUGCCAGGACACGCGUUCCAUCGUGUGGACAGUAUUCCUGCGGAGCCAACAUCUCCAGCAAAGGUUCCCGAGAGGCCACUUCCAUCAACCUCGCGCGACACCAGUCCAAAGGCAAAUGGAUUUGUACGGUCCAAGAAGAACCAUUCCAAAUCAUCGCUUUUGGAACAAAACCAGUCGCAGAACUCUAGUGCUACAUUGAAGGCCUCAGAAAGCUCGUUCAAAGGCCCCAUGUCCUGGAUAUCGAUCUUCAAAUGGGGUCGGAAGCGUAACCCGGGGCCAUCCUCCUUCUCCAACACUUCACGGGAUUCGAUGUCGACAUCUCAACCGCCGUCCGCAACCACAACAACAAAUAUUACCUUUAUACCCCCCGCAGCUUCGGGACUGGCCUCCACCGUUCCAAAGCGCACCAGAUCUCGCUUCCGGGAAGACCUCCCCGAGCUACCCCUCUCGCCGAGAGACUCAAGGAUACAACCGCCGCCAGAUAGACCGCUGCCACCGACUGUCAAGGAACUACCUGAUGCGAUGCCUAUCCCGUCUGCGCCCAUCGACAUUCCUAAACCAAGAUAUGAUACACCAACCUCCAUGCUGGUUGAUGGUGCAUCCCCCGAGCCACCGCAGUCCAUGUCGCUUGCUUCUAUUGAUUCAGAAGCAUCAUGGCUAUCAGGAGGCCGGACGAGGGGUAACCGGCUGUCUUCCCAAAUGAAGCAGCGCGCCCACCGCUCUGUGGAGUAUGGCAUGCCAGACCCUGAGAAUAACGAGGACGACUCGGCGGGGAUAGCCGAUGACGAGUACCUUAAUCGAGUUGCUAGUCGUGCUUCCGCAGCAGACUCUUCAGGUUGGACUCGCAGGGGUUCUACCGGUGACGCUGUCCCUUCUAGCGACGAGGACGACGGCGCAAGAUGGGGCGCGGUCAGCGGGCGACUGCCAAGUCUCACAAAGCCUCGUUCUGUCGAUCGCAUCAAAAGCCGCGAGGGCCUGUUGAACACGGUCGCCAGCGUCAACGAGGAGGAUGAUCACGAUAAGGAGGAAGACUCCCCGAUCAGCCCGUCAAGCAUCGUUGCCGAUAUCCAUCGUGCCACCAGUGUCAAACUCGGCAAGGGGCAUGCACGGAGGAUCAGUGCUGGAAGUGCCAUACUCCUUGAAUUGUCACCCAGGGCUUCAAUGGAUGCUAAAAGAGCUAGUCCGGGCCCCCAGUGGUCCGAAUCUACUCCAAAACAAGGCUAGAAGUCAUUCCGAUGAGAGUUCAGUGGAUGAACAAGAUGGGUAAAGUCACCGAGCAAGAAACAUAUCGUUCGAGAAACGAGGGCCUCAAAGCUGAGCCACAAUGAGCAUAAGAGACGCACAUAACUACACAACACCACAUUCAUUUGAACCCUUUCUUUACAACUCGUUUCGAACAAAUCGAGACAAAACUCCGGUCGCUUGACUCUAUUUCCUUAACUGUCACACCAACUACAUUCACUCUUUUCAGCCUCUCCUAUCUUGUCCCUCACACACCAUGAAAAUCACAAAAAAAAACUGGAAAAGUACAAAAGUCUCGCUCAGACAUGUGGCUCAAUGCUGGGGAACCCCUGCCUCAACCCUCCUGCUCGACGUUAUCCGACUCUCGUCUUCACGACGCUCUCUGUAGGCCUGGGGCCUGCAGGGUGACUUCUGUUUUUGUAUGAUGAUUAUGUUGUUCUAUUCUUACAGUCCAGCUAUUUUAGCGAUCAUAUUGGCCUGUUUUUUUGCGUUUUGAUUGUUCAUUUUCUUCGACAUAAAGAUACCCCCAAAGUUUUGAAGUUAGCCCCAAAUGCGUUUGUUUUUUUGUUGGGGGGAGAUGUUUGGUGCUGAGGUGCCUUGGAAUGGCGGAAGAUAUUUGGGGCCCAAGAACGUGCUUUGGGAGGUUGAGAGUGGGGUGUUAGAGAGCACACUAGAGUAAUAGAGGAUGAAUGAAGUACGAACACAAAAUAAUACGAGAAUGUGUUUGUUGUGUUUUGAGCUCCAUUUGCCUAAAUGAAACCAGUGAUUUUGUCUUGUUCUGAAC